AUUCAAUCCAAAUUCUUCAUUAUCACACAUCUGAAUAAAGUUUCCCUAAUCAUUCUUCAAUGUCUCAAGCAAAGUAUCGAUUCCCCCAAACCAAAUCUCUCUUCCUUCAAACUCGAUUCUCUCUCACUCCCUUUCCAUCUCCUUCAACAAUGUCCACAACAACUCUAGUCAUUCCGCUCUUCCUCUAUCUCGUCCUCUCAUCUUUUCUCCUAUCCAUUUCCACCGCCAACAUCCACUCCAACAGUUGCCGAUCCUUCUGCGGCAACAUCACAAUCGACUAUCCCUUCGCUCUCCAGUACGGCUGCGGCCAUCCUGGCUACCGCGACCUUCUCUACUGCAUGAACGACGUUUUAAUGUUCCACAUCCGAUCCGGAUCCUACAGAGUCCUAGACAUCGAUUACGCUUACGAAGCCCUAACUCUCCACGACCCUCACAUGUCGAACUGCGACACAAUCGUCCUCGGCCGCCGCGGCAACGGCUUCGACAUCGAGGAAUGGCGAUCGCCGUACCUGAAUCCGACGGCCGAUAACGCGUUCCUCCUCAUCGGUUGCUCCGCCCAAUCGCCACUCUUCCAAGGGUUCCCGAACAAGCACCUAGUCUGUAGAAACGUUUCCGGACUGGGCUGUGAGGAGUAUUAUGACUGUCCGGCUUGGGGUAUAUUGGGCCACAGACGACCGGGCCGAAAUUAUGGGCCCGGCCCACCAGAGUGCUGUGCGGUUCCUUUUGGGUCCAUUAAGGCCGUAAAUCUCACUAAGCUUCAGUGUGAAGGCUAUAGCAGUGCUUAUAACUUGGCCCCGUUGAGGCUUAAUGGGCCUGAUCAAUGGGCCUAUGGGAUUCGUGUGAAAUAUUCAGUCCAAGCAAACGAAGACUUUUGCCGCGCGUGCCAAGCCACUGGCGGCACGUGUGGGUUUGGUACGGAUGGUGUUAGACAGCUGUGCAUGUGUGGUAGUUCCAAUUCUUCCUCCACUUGUGAUUUUGUUAUGCCCUCAUUAUCGACAAGGAUGACAUCAUGGACACUAAUCAAAGCCAUAUUAGCAGGAAGCUUGAUGGUGAUGUUUUGGAGCUGCUCCAAGGAAAUUGGAAUUAGUUCAUAAAUUUUGAGCAAUUUUAUAGAUUUAAUGCAUUAGGAGUAGAAUAUCACAAGCUUUUGGAUUGUUUUUGGUGCGAAAACUUGAGUGAAUCUGUACACGUGUACACUAACGUUU